AUGGCUUUCAACUCAGAGAUCCGCGUGCUUCUGCCCCCCAAUGGAGAGAAACCCUACAAAUGUAAAGCGUGUGACAAAGCCUUUACUCAGAUUUCAAAACUUACUGAGCACCAGAGAGUUCAUACUGGAGAAAAACCCUAUAAGUGUAAUGAAUGUGGUAAAGCUUUUCACAAAUGGCCAGCAUUUAUGUAUCACCAUAGAACGCAUACUGGAGAGAAACCCUAUGAAUGUAAGGAAUGUGGCAAAGCUUUUGCCAAAGGUUCAGAUCUCAGAAGACAUCAUAGAGUUCAUACUGGAGAGAAACCCUACACAUGUAAAGAAUGCAGCAAAGCCUUUACCACGAAUUCAAGUCUUAGAGAGCAUCACAGAGUUCAUACAGGAGAGAAACCCUACAAAUGUAAACAGUGUAGCAAAGCCUUUAGCCGUUGUUCACACCUCACAGUACAUCAGAGAGUUCAUACUGGAGAGAAACCCUACAAAUGUGAAGAAUGUGGCAUGUCCUUUUCUGAACACUCAAUACUUAAGAGUCAUUACAGAUUUCAUAAUGGAGAAGAACCUUACAGAUGUGAAGAAUGUGACAAGGCCUUUACCAGGGCUUGCUAUCUUAGAAAUCAUAAAAGUAUUCAUACCAGAGAGAAACCAUACAAAUGUGAAGAAUGUGGCAGUUCCUUUACUAUGCGCUCAACACUUAAGAGUCAUUACAGAAUUCAUACUGGAGAAAAACCCUACAGAUGUGAAGAAUGUGACAAGUGCUUUACCCACAUCUCAAAUCUUAGACGUCAUCAAAAUAUUCAUACUGGGGAGAAACCCUACAGCUGUGAACAAUGUGACAGGUCCUUUAGCAAUGGCUCAAGCCUUAGACGUCAUCAAAAUAUUCAUACUGGGGAGAAACCCUAUAAAUGUCGAGAAUGUGACAAGUGCUUUACUCAAAGGUCAAGUCUUAGAAGUCAUAAAAAUAUUCAUACUGGGGAAAAACCCUACAAAUGUGAAGAAUGUGACAAGUGCUUUUCUCAACUGUCACAUCUUAGAAGUCAUAAAACUAUUCAUACUGGGGAAAAACCCUACAGAUGUGAAGAAUGUGACAAGUGCUUUUCUCAACUGUCAAAUCUUAGAACUCAUAAAGCUAUUCAUACUGGGGAAAAACCCUACAGAUGUGAAGAAUGUGGUAAAUCCUUUUACCACUCCUCACAUCUUAGAUGUCAUAAAAGGACUCAUACUGGAGAGAAACCCUACAGAUGUGAAAAAUGUGGCAAGUUCUUUACUGCACGCUCAUCACUUGAGACUCAUUACAGAAUUCAUACUGGAGAGAAACCCUACAAAUGUGAAGAAUGUGGUAAGUCCUUUUACCAUGCCUCAUAUCUUAGAUGUCAUAAAAGGACUCAUACUGGAGAGAAACCCUACAGGUGUGAAGAAUGUGGUAAGUCCUUUUACCACGCCUCAUAUCUUAGACGUCAUAAAAGUAUUCAUACUGGAGAGAAACCUUACAGAUGUGAAGAAUGUGACAAGUGCUUUUCCAGGGCCUCAU